GUGGAUGUGUGGGGUGGGGAAUCGAAAGUAAGGGGCCGGAGCCAGCGGGGAAAAGGAGCUGGACCGUGGAAAAUACACCGUAUAGCAGUCUCCAGUUUUAAGCUAAAUACGUUGAACGAAUGAGUAUUUUUCGGGGCUGCUCGGCGUGCUGCUUUUGUGAACAGUGGAUGCCAAUUUAGGUGUGGAUUAAUGCGGCCUGCCACGGGCAGUUCUGGACAUUCAGGUAUGCAGUAGUUAGACAAUCUGAAUGAUAAACCUAUUUUGAUCUACUUACAUCGCUGUCAACUUAUGGAAAGACAAUAACUUAAGACAUCGCCGGCUGGUCUGGGCGGAGCGAUGGCCGGCUGGUGCUCCAUCGCUGCCACCUUUCGGCCCGCCGCCAGCUGCCAGUGACACACACCCGCCAGGCAGCCGGGCGGUCAGACCAUGUCGCACUCGCUGCUGGAGGGCAAGCCCUUCUUCUGCCGCCAGUGGGCGUUCACCAAGAUCGCGCAAUGUCUGCAGCACAAGCAGAGCAAGCUGGGCGGAGCGCUGGUGGUGGGCGGCAUCGGCUCCGGCAAGUCGGCGCUCUGUAGCGAGCUGGUGCGGCCGACUGCCGCCACCGGCCGCCAGCUCUCGCUGCACGCCCGCUUGCUGGGUCACCACUUCUGCCGCGCCGACGAUGCCGCCUCGCUGCGCAUGGCCGGCUUCAUCGGCCGGCUCGUGGAGCAGCUCUCGCGCUCGCCCCUGCUGCCCGGCUACGCCGAGAAGCUGCGCGACCCGGACGUGCAGGAGGUGCUGACGCCCGUGUUCUGCGACCGUCAGCCGGACGAGGCACUGCGGCGCGCCGUGCUCUUCCCACUGCUGGAGCUGGACGAGCCGGCCCAGCCGCUGCUGCUGCUGGUCGAUGCCGUGGACGAUACGCACCAGGCGGUGGGCGGCGGCGGUGGCCGGUCCGGCAGCCGCAGCCUGGCCGAGCUGCUGGCCAGCCACCAGCACCUGCUGCCGCGCUGGCUGUUGCUUGUGGUCACGGCACGCCGCCACAGCCGCGAGGUUACGCGCCUUUUCGCCGGCUUCAGGAAGAUCGUGUUGGACGAUCUGCGGAAGGCGAAUGUGGUGACGGACCUGCAGCAGUACAUCCUGAGCCGGCUCGAGCGGGAGCCGGCGCUGCGACAACACCUCAGCAACGAAACGGCCGAGAUGCUCAACCAGCUGCAUAUCAAGAGCAACGGUUGCCUUCUGUACCUGGAGAAGGUGCUCAACGGCGUGGCCGAGGGCUUCAUCCUGCUGCGCGAGGUGCGCGAGAUCCCGGGCACGCUCAACGGCCUCUACUUAUGGCUCAGCCAGCGGCUCUUCACCAAGAAACACUUCCACAAGGCGCUGCCGGUGCUGAACGUGCUGCUGGCCGCCCUGCGGCCGGUGUCGGAGCAGACCAUCUUCGAGUGCGUGCGCCUGAAGCACACGGCCGUGACGCGUGACGACUUCGAGCGCCGGCUGGCCGUGCUGGCGCGUCUCACCGUGAUCACGCCGGAUGGCGCCAAGCUGCUCUUCCACCACAGCUACGCCGAGUGGCUCACCGAUGUCAAGUACUGCACGCAGCGGUUCCUCUGUCGGCGGGACGUGGGCCACGGCAUGCUGGCCGCCUGGCUGCUGCGGCGCGCCCGCCAGCUGGCGCCUGACGAGGUGCAGCAGCUGGCGGUCCACCUUGUGCGCAUGUCGGCCGAGCCGCCGCGGCCGGCGCCGCUGCCUCUGCUGCUGCUCUGGUCGGGCGCUGAGGUGGAAACGUGCCUGCAGGACGGCCAGCCGGACGACGCGGCGGCGCUGCAGCUGCUGGAGGAGGCCGGCGCCGAGCCGGCGCCCGUCUGCCACGCCUCCGACAGCCGACAGGCCAGUGUCGAGCCGGAGCCAAGGGCAGGGCCCGGACACGGCUCCGAAGCCGACUCGGCCUCGGAGCCCGGACUAGAGUCGGCGUUAGGUUCGGAGCGUGGGCUGGAGUCGGUGUUGGAGUCGGUGUCGGAGCCGGGACUGGAGCUGGGCGACAGCAGCCUGGUGACGCUGCUGCUGCGGCGGCGGCGCGUCUCCUGUGAGUGCGUCGACGACGCCGGCCAGUCGCCGCUCACCGUGGCCGCGCGGCAUGGCCACGCCGACGUGGUGAGCACCCUGCUGGAGGCGGGCUGUGACGCCGACCGUCCGGACGCCGACGGGUGGACGCCACUGCGCUCCGCCGCAUGGGCCGGCCACACACCUACCGUGCAGCUGCUGCUGACGGCCGGUGCCGCCGUCGACAGCGUGGACGCCGAGCGGAGGACGGCGUUGCGCGCCGCCGCUUGGGCCGGACACGACGACAUCGUGUCGGCCCUGCUGGCCGCCGGCGCCGCCGUUAAUGGCGACGACCGCGAGGGCCGCACGGCCCUCAUCGCCGCCGCUUACAUGGGCCACGUGGAGAUCGUGCAGCGGCUGUUGGACGGCGGCGCCGACAUCAACCAUGCCGACGCCGACGGCCGGACGGCGCUCAGCGUAGCAGCGCUCUGCGUGCCCGCCUGCGAGGGCGCCGGCCGCGUGGUGGCGCUGCUGCUGGAGCGCGGCGCCGACGUCAACCACCAGGACAAGGAGGGCAUGACGCCGCUGCUGGUGGCAGCCUUCGAGGGGCACAGGGACGUGUGUGAGCUUCUGCUGGAGGCAGAUGCAGACGUGGACCACACGGACGCGGCCGGGCGGUGCGCGCUGUUCGCCGCCGCCUCCAUGGGUCACCACCAGGUGGUGCGAGUGCUGCUGUUUUGGGGCUGCUACUGCGACAGCAUCGACCCGGAGGGGCGCACAGUGCUGAGCGUGGCCGCUGCGCAGGGCUGCCUGGAGACGGUCCGACUGCUGCUGGACCGCGGUCUGGACGAGGCGCACCGCGACAACUGCGGGUGGACCCCGCUCCACUACGCCGCCUACGAGGGCCAGGCAGACGUGCUGGACGCGCUGCUCGACGCUGGGGCCAAGGUCAACGACGUGGACAACGACGGCAAGCACGCGCUGAUUCUGGCGGCGCAGGAGGGCCAUGUGUCGGCCUUGGCGGCGCUGGUGGAGCGGGGCGCCGACGUCAACCUGCGCUCGCACGACGGCAAGACGGCGCUGCGCAUGGCCGCGCUCGAGCGCCACAAGGACGUGGUGCACUACCUGGUGUGCAACGGUGCCGACCCCAGCUAUCGGGACAUGGACGGCCGGAGCACGCUUUACCUGCUGGCGCUCGACAACCGCGUCUCGAUGGCCGCCUUCCUGCUGGAGAGCGGCGCUGACGUGGAGAGCCGCGACCUGGAGGGGCGCACGGCGCUGCACGUGAGCGCCUGGCAGGGCCACCAGGAGAUGGUGCGCCUGCUGCUGCAGCGCGGCGCCGACCCGGACGCCGUCGACGCUGAGCGCCGCACGCCGCUGAUCGGCGCCGCCUGGCAAGGUCGGCCGGCCGCGGUGCGCGCGCUUCUGGCGCACGGCGCCACCGUCGACCACACGUGCAGCCAGGGCGCCACGGCGCUCUGCAUUGCCUCCCAGGAGGGCCACUUGGAGUGCGUGCGCGUGCUGCUCGACCACUUCGCCGACCCGAAUCACUCGGACGUGCACGGCCGCAGUGCUCUGAAGGUAGCACUUAAGGGCCGCCACGAACAGGUAGUGCGGCUGUUGGAGGAGUACGGCGCCACGGGCGCGGCGGCGCCGCCGCCGCUGCCGCCCUGUCACGCGAGCAACAGCAGCACCUCGAUGAACUCGUCGUCGACGGCCGAGACGAAGCCGAGCAGCGCUGUACUGUGCGGCUCGUCGCCGACAGGCUCGCCCUCCUCCACCUUCGAGAAGCACCAGUCGUAUGUGUCGCUGUGUAACAACUCGCACUCCAAGUCGAGCAGCAACCUGACCAGCUCCACGGGCAAGUCGUCUCAGACGUCGCAGCCGGCGCUGGACUCCGCCUCCGUCCCCUUCACCUUCAACCAGAACGAGCACAUGCGCAUUAUUCUGGGCACUAAGUCGGCAUCGGUCGAGAGCAGGCCUCGCCGUGGUCUCGUGGCGGCGGCCAACUCCGGUCUGAAGGCCGGCCUGGGACUGCGCUCCCGCGUGGCCACGCCCACCAAGCCGCGGCCAGCGGUGCUCGGCGCCGACGGCUCGAACGGCUUCCACGUGCGCCGCGAGACGCCGCUAUAA